CACCGACCAGCAAAGAUGCUGCCGACCCGCUGCGCGUUGAUGCGCGCGUGCCGCUCGCGUGCGUCGAUGGCGGCGAGGCGCGCGGCUCCCGUCUCGUUCUUCUCCUCGUCCGCCUCCGGCUCCAUCGCCACCACCGCCGCGCUGCGCCCGGACGACGCCGAGGUCUCGUCGAACCUGCACGGCCACGUCAAGGCUCGCCUGGACUACAAGAAGCUGGUGGAGAACGUGGACGCCGCCGUCGAGAACGGCCGCAAGCGCUUCAGCGAGGGCGACCCGCAGCUCGUGGCCGACCUGUACCAGCGCCAGGCCAAGCUGCGCCACAGCGCCAACCUCCUGCGCGCGGAGCGCAACGCGCACGCCAAGCAGCUCGGCCAGGCGGCUGCGGCCAGGAAGAAGCAGGGCGCGGAGGCCCAGGAGGCCUUUGAGGCGCUGCGCGUCCGCGGCCAGGAGCUCAAGCGCGAGAUCGCGGAGCUGGAGGGCGAGCUGGCGCAGGUGUCGACGCAGCUGGAGCUCGAAGCCCUGAAGAUACCCAAUGACACGCACCCGGACGUGCCCGUGGGCGCCGAGGAGGACUCGCGCGUGGUGCUCACGCAUGGAGAGAAGCCCGAGUUCGGCUUCAAGCCCAAGGACCACUACGACUUGGCCACGGAGUUGGAGCUGCUGGACACCCAGACGGCCGCCAGAGUCGCGGGCUCCAAGUUCACGUACCUGUGCAACGAAGGCGCCAUGAUGGAGAUCGCGCUGGUGCACUGGACGCUGAGCAAGCUGCGCGCGCGCGGAUUCAAGGUCAUGUUCCCGCCCGACGUGGCGCACUACAAGCUCGUGGAGGGGUGCGGCUUCCAGCCGCGUGGAGAGGCCACGCAGAUCUACUCGAUCGCCAACUCGGACCUGUGUCUGACCGCCACGUCGGAGAUCACGUUGGCUGCUAUGAAGAGCAACGAGAUCCUGCCGACGCCCACGCUGCCGCUCAAGUACGCUGGCUUCAGCCACUGCUUCCGCACCGAGAUCGGGCAUGGCGGCCGCCUGACGCGCGGCAUCUACCGCAUUCACCAGUUCAGCAAGGUCGAGAUGUUCGCCUUCUGCGCCAACGAGACGCAGGCGCAGGAGUUCUUCGACGAGAUGGUAGAGAUCCAGACGAGCAUGUACGCCGAGCUGGGGCUGCACUACGAGCUCAUGGACAUGGCCACUGGCGACCUCGGCGCUCCGGCCUACCGCAAAUUUGACCUGCUGGCCUGGAUGCCUGGACGCGAGGAGUACGGCGAGGUCUCAAGCAUGUCCAUGUGCACUGACUACCAGGCUCGCCGCCUCAACAUCCGCCACAAGGACCCGAAGGACGAGGAGGCUGGAACUUCCUUCGUGCAUACACUCAACGGCACUGCUUGUGCUGUCCCGCGUCUGCUUAUCAGCCUGUGGGAAACCUACCAGCAGGAAGACGGCUCCAUCGUGAUCCCCGAGGUGCUCAGGCCGUACAUGGGUGGCCAAGAGGUCAUCCGCCGUCCUGAGUAA